AUGCCCGCCCCGCCACCGCCCCUGCGAUCCAAUGUCGCACCGUCCCCCCUCCCCACACAGACCCAAGCCCUGCACACAACCUACCCCUCGCGUCUGCGCACUGGCGCGACCCUCCUCAUGCAGCCCAUCCUCACACCCAACACCACGCCCGGCGCAGCGACCACGACGCGCUCACGCCGCGGCGCCGUCAUCAACUACGCGGACCCCGGAUCGGGCGACGACAUCCCCGACGCGGGCGCCAUCGAGAGCGACGACUCGGACUUUGUUGCGAGCGGUGGAUUAAGGUCCGCGGUGCGCGCCACAAGGGGGGGAGGGAGCAGGGCCAAUGCGGGUAUGGGGGUCUUCCACAGUGGUGCGUCGACGCCGGUCCCGGGGCAGCAGUCUCACGGGGCACAGGGAAAGGCCGAGUUGGACCAGAGCUAUCUAGGGGCGAUUCCGCCGGCGCGAUUUAUCAAUGCUAAGGCGGUGGCUCCGACAAAGCAUGAGUAUUUCGCCGAAGGUCAGCUAGCACAACAAGCACAGAAACCAACAUCACUCGUGCCCAUCCGCGUCGAAUUCGAAACCGACACCCAUCGAAUACGUGACUGCUUCGUGUGGAACCUGCACGAGGACCUCAUCAAGCCCGAGACAUUUGCGCGCAUCUUCUGCACCGACCUCGACCUGCCGCAUGUCCCCUGGGUCGAGACCGUCGCGAACCAGAUCCGCGCGCAGCUCGAAGACCACGGCGACGUCGCCGCCAUGGACCUCGACGUGGACGAGCAACACGCCGACGAAAUCCCCGAAUGCCGCGUUAUCCUCAGCAUAGAUGUGCAGGUCGGCAACUACCACCUCAUCGACCACAUCGAGUGGGACCUGCUCUCGUCGCUCACGCCCGAGGCGUUCGCACAGACACUGUGCGCGGAGCUUGGGCUGUCGGGCGAGGCGCUGCCGCUCAUCGCGCACGCGGUACACGAGGAGCUCGUCAAACACAAGAAGGACGCGAUCGAGUGGGGUGUGAUCGGGCUGGAGAGGGAGAAGGAGGCGGAAGAACACGCUGCAGAUAAGCCGAGGGAUAAGAGCGGGUUGAGCUUGCUGAAGGACAAGACGGGCUUGGGCCUCGGGUGGGGCCGCGCGCCGAAGGACGGGAGGGGACCGAAGACGCUCAGGAGCGUUUGGAGGGACUGGAACGAGGCGGAGGAAUUUGCGACGCGGUUUGAGGUGCUCACCGCCGAGGAGGUUGAGAGGAGGGAGAUUGAGAGGGAGAGGGCUAGUCGCCGGCUACGGAGAGAGACGUCGAAGUUCCAGAGCAGUCUGAUUGCGACGCGGCGCAGACGGUAG